AUGGGUUAUCCAUCACCAUUGAAAGUGGUCACUAAAAAGAUCUCAGCAAAUGUUUUAACUGUAUCUUCUCCGUUUUCAAUUUUGAACAAAUUGAACGUUGGUGCAAGAAUGGUAAUUUUCCAUUAUCAUGGAGAUAUCAUUAUUUGGUCACCCUUGCCUUAUGAUAAAGAAAUUUUGGAAAAUGCCAUUGCCCAAUUAACUACUAAAGAAUAUACCGUAAAGUAUAUUUUUGUGAUCAAUAUUGAACAUAAUUUAUGUGCUGAAAAAUAUAAAGAAAUUUAUCCAACUGUCAAAUUAAUUGGACCAGAAAAUACUUCAAGAUGUGAAAUCAGCAUUCCAUUAACUGAAGAUAAUGCAUUAAAGAUCAUCAAGGGUACUGCAGGAUGGGGGAAUUUAGGAAUUUCCAAUAAAUCCAUUGUUGAUAAUUUUGAAUUAAUUUAUAAUAAUGCUCAUAAAAAUAGAGAAUUAGUGAUUUAUGAAAAAAAUGAUAAACUCCUUUUGUUGGCAGAUAUGAUUAUGAAUUUGGGAAUUCAUGGAACAACCACUGGUGAAUAUGUAUUGGAACAAUAUUCCCCAGAAUUAGGGUUUCCUGAAGGUUUCAAUCCCCAUGGAGGCUGGUCAUUCUUAUCAAGAUAUCUUCAACCAAACAGUAUCGUUGGUAAGUUUCUUAUGAAUAGAUUACAAAAAACCAGACAAACACCAGAAAAGACUAAAAAAGUAAUGGAAUUGAUCAACUCGUGGGAUUAUACCACCAUCAUUAUGGUCCAUGGAGAUUUAAUAACUAAAGAAGCAAAACAAACCCUUUCUAAUGUACAUUUGUAG